CCACAUCUUCUAAAAUCAUUCGUCUUCUACAAAACAAAAAAUGGAGCAAAUUGGUGAGGACAUAGGAAUAAAAAUCUACACAGCAUCUCCAAGAAAUAAUGAAAAUCACCAAACAACCACACCAUUCUCAUCAUCUUCCAUACCACCACCGGAAAACUCGAAAGAACCGGGGAGAAAAAGGAGAGCAGUGGCAAAAGGAGUGCAGAACACUCUUUCGAAAACAUCGAUGCUCGUAAAUUUCCUUCCGACAGGAACGCUUUUAACCUUCGAAAUGGUUCUUCCGACAGUAAUCAAGAACGGGGAGUGCAGUACUCAUGUUUCUGUUCUUAUGCUGCUUCUCCUUCUUGGCCUCUGCGCCGUUUCGUGCUUCUUCUUUCACUUCACCGACAGUUUCAAAGGCCCGGAUGGGAAAGUGUACUACGGAUUUGUUACUCCGAAGGGAUUGGCUGUUUUUAAACCUGGCCUCGGAGUAGAAGUGCCUAAGGAUGAGAGGUAUAAAGUGGGAUUGACCGACUUUGUUCAUGCUAUGAUGUCGGUCAUGGUUUUUGCUGCGAUCGCGUUGUCGGAUCAUCGGGUGACUAAUUGUUUGUUUCCUGGAUAUGUGGAAGAGAUGACUCAAGUUAUGGAAAGUUUCCCUAUUAUGGUUGGUGUUGUGUGCAGUGGAUUGUUUCUUGUGUUCCCUAAUACUCGUUAUGGUAUAGGUUGUAUGUCUACUUAAUUAGAUUUCAUUUUUUUUUUUUUUGCCAAAAUUAGAUUUCAUUUUAGUUUCUUGUCUUUGAAGUUAAUUUGUCGAUUGUUGUUAGUUUUCAUUUGUUUAAGGAUUAUGUUUCUCCAUGUAUUAUUGUUGUUUGAUUCAUGUGUUAA